AUGUCUAUCUUUAAAGCCCCAAAGACUGCCCUCAUAACCGGCGCAGCGUCCGGAAUCGGGUUUGCUACCGCCAAGCUCUGCCGCAGUCGCGGCAUGCACCUCGCGCUGCUUGAUAUCGACGCUGUCAAUCUCCAGAGGGCGAAAGACGAACUUGCUGUGUUAGGCCCUUCUCUGAAGACUGAGUCAUAUGAGAUCGAUGUCGGUGAUAAGAAUAGGUGGACCGAGGUUGCGAUCCAGAUUGGAUCGGCCUUCGCGGAUGUGGAUCUCGUCUUUUUGAACGCGGGAAGGUCGCAAAGAGCACAGUGCGGUUAUGAAGGGAAACUGAAGCCGUGGGGAGAUACGUUCGAUACCAAUGUGUUCGGACCGUUGAACGGUCUCGAGGCCGUUAUCCCGUUACUAUUGUCGUCCAACACACCCAAAUCGAUCGUAAUCACCGGCUCUAAACAAGGAAUUACUAACCCCCCAGGAGGUGGUGUUCCAGCCUACAAUGCGUCCAAGGCGGCUAUCAAGAGUCUGACGGAGCAUCUUGCUCAUGACCUUCGGUCGGAUCCUGCGACUGCCCAUAUAUCUGCACAUUUAUUUGUUCCUGGAUGGACAUGGACUGGCAUGAUGGGUAAUGUUGGGCCUACACAAGAAGAGUCCGUGAAGAAGAUGGCUGGGGCGUGGUAUCCGAGUCAGGCUGCGGAGGUGCUGGUUAACGGGGUGGAGAAAGGAUCGUUCUAUAUUAUCUGCCCCGACAGCGAGACGGAUUGGGCAUUGGAUCAGGCUCGAAUUCAAUGGGCUAGCGACGAUGUGGUGGAAGACCGACCGGCAUUAUCACGCUGGGAGGGAAGCUGGAAGGAACGGGCUGAGGAGGAGAUCCGGGCAGAUGCUGAACGGCGGAGAAAAUAAGUAGCAGGUUUGCUUGAUUUCAGUGACCUGAUCUGGGACUGUAAUUCUUCAGUGUAGUAGGGCUGGCUUCUUGGUGCUCUGUGGAUAAGCUAAAAUGAGAAUGUUCUCAUUGGAGAUAUGUACUUCUAGCUUCGUACACAAUCGGAAACCCUCAACCGCUGGUAUCCUGUAUUGGUUUAUAGUUAUGGCGGGGCCGAACAAACAAGAAUAGAGGCAAGGAUAGGCCGGCCAAAG